GUUAUUUUGCACAAAUCAUUACCAUAUGGGUGACUUGGUUUUGUGAGUGAUAUUUUCGAAAGAGAUUACUUUGUGUCGUGUAUGUUUGUUCGCAUGUGCUGAAUCGAAUCGAAAAAUGAGGAUGAUACGAGAAUUGGCGUGUGCUCUUAUUUUGCUCUCUCUCCACUCCUCUUUCGCCCAGUACCCCCCGAGGCUUCAAAUCCCAGGGGCUGUCCCCCUUCAAGGCCCCCGCCCGGCCCCCCCCAGACAACAGAGGAUCAACGCAGCCGACUUCAUCCCCACGAGGGCGAGGAGACCUGUUCCCCUCGCGCAGAGGGAGGGAGUGAGGGAGAUCAGGCCAGUCGUCGAGGAGGAGGAGGAAAACUACCCUCCGUCUAUCUCGUCAUUCGAUGCGGAGGUGAAUAAGCUGAGCAAUCUUGCAUCAUCUGUCAGGCACGCGGAAGAAGAAGAAGAACAACCAACCUUGAGACCCUCCCCUCAACCGUUCAGGCCGAUUCCAAUCGCCAGAGAUCAAAUCAGAGAGAAAGCCGUAGAAGCACCCAGGCCGGCUCCCUUGCCCAUAUUGAGACCAAAUAUCCAAAACAGGCCUAUUGCGAAACAAAUAAGGCCCGUCGUUAGACAAGAGCUCGACGAAGAUGAAGAGGAUAUUCCAACCAGACAGUCACUAAGACCAAAGGUCAGACAGAACCCGCCCCAACAGUUCAGACAAGCCCCAGCUCAAAGACCUGCUCCAAGACCUCAGCAUAUCGAAGAUGAUGAGUUCAGCAGGAGGAAAAAACCCGUCGUCCAGAUUUUGAGGAAAUACAGAACCGACAACGAAGAUGGCAGCAUAACAUGGGGAUUCGAAAAUGACGACGGCACCUUCAAGGAGGAAACUUUGGGAAUAGAUUGCGUUAUCAAAGGAAAAUAUGGUUAUGUUGAUCCAGAUGGAGUAAGAAGAGAUUUCCAAUACGAGGCCGGUAACAAAUGUGAUCCCAAUCAACGAGAAGAACUAGACGAAGACGAAGAAGACCUUGACACAAGGAUACCAUCCAAGCAACCUGCUCCUAGACCCAAACCACAAUAUCAACCACAGUUCAGGCCGCAGCAACUCUCGCAGUAUUAAGUUUUAAUUUUGAUAAAUACUUCCUCUUGUGAUGUAUAUAAUUUCUCCUACAAGUAGUUCCAGAUAUGUGAACGGAAAAUACACGAUACCUACAUCGACAC